AACCAUUUGCCUCAUUAUAAGCUGCAUUGCCCCGAGGCAAAAGACGGUUCAACGGCAAGCUAGACGCUAGAGGGUUCAGAGAGGCAAAACCACCGGAGGGGAAUUGGAUCUCCGCGGCCACUAGCGUGAUUCGCUCGUCACACACCGGGAGCAGAGACGCACUACACCCAGCGGCCGCGUUCCGCUACUGCCCUGCCCGCCGGCGAGGAUUAUCCCCGGGCCUGCUCAACUAUUAUUCAUUGUUCCGGGAGCUCGAAUUAUAGAGAAAAAAAAAUUGACUGUUUAUCAAAAUGAGCGGCAAAGUUGGAUCAACGUCAAGUCGCAUCUUAGACAUCCCAUGCAAGGUUUGCGGUGACCGUAGCUCGGGCAAGCAUUACGGCGUCUACGCAUGCGACGGAUGCAGUGGGUUCUUUAAGCGAAGCAUCAGAAGGAACCGCACCUACGUCUGUAAGAAUCGUGGGCGUGGUCCCUGCCCUAUCGACAAGACGCAUCGCAACCAGUGUAGGGCGUGUCGCCUCAAGAAAUGCGUGCAGGCAGAGAUGAAUAAAGACGCUGUUCAACACGAGCGAGGCCCUCGUAACUCCACCCUCCGCAAGCACAUGGCACUGUACCUCAGGGACACCCAUCUCCGUGAUCUACCGCCCUCUACCGACCUGGUAGCACACCCCCACCCAGCCAGCCCUGGUUACUCCCCCCACAGCCCCGGCUUCUUCCGCCCGUUCUUCACCGGAGUUACGGGCGGCAGUGUUGAGGGGUGCGGGACGCCCGUUGCCAUCGCGCCGGGGAAUUUCACCUUUCACGGCGUGGGGCCUGGGCUGAGCGCGCUGAGUCUAUGUCAGCCUAUUCCAAGAUAUCAUCCUCGCCAGGCUAUCCGAUCAUGCACUAACAGUGUGGAGGCGGUCUGUGAGAUGGCAGCCAGGCUACUAUUCAUGAGCAUCAGAUGGGCCAAGAACGUGCCUGCCUUUGGUAGCCUUCCCGAACGAGAACAGCUUGUGUUACUCGAGGACGGGUGGCGGGAACUAUUCAUCCUUGGAGCAUCUCAAUGGCAACUUUCCAUUGAUAGUCAAGCGCUCAUCAGUGCGGCAGGUCUUAACUCUGAGAACACGGCGCCGGAGAAACGUGCCGCAAUCACCAGCGAAAUCCACGUCUUACAAGAAAUCAUCGCUAAACUCCAUCAGCUGCAGGUGGAUGCUACUGAAUAUGCAUGCCUGAAGGGGAUACUGAUGUUCAAAGCAGAUGCCCCCGGAUUGGAAGACGUGCCAACGAUAGCUAGUCUCCAAGACCAGUCGCAACUAACUCUCAGCAAGUACAUCUCAUUGCGCCACCCCUCUCAGCCGUUUCGUUUCGGCAAGUUGCUUUUGCUUCUGCCGUCUCUGCGCGCGAUACGCGGCAGCACGCUGGAGCAACUCUUCUUCCGUCACACUGUGGGAGCCACGCCCGUACACAGGCUGAUCAGAGACUUGCACAAAGUCCAAGAAUUCUGAACAUUUGCGAGAUGAGAAGAUCUACAGAACGACUUCCAAGAGCCUAGCGGACGAAACAAAAUUCUUCCAACUCGUCUUAACUUGAGCCGAGAUGUGUCUUUGCUCUGUCAUUCGUCGAAGCUUAAUUAUUUUGUGCAUUUUGUAAAUGUUGAUGUACAUUAAGAACUAACUUUUAAAGUCUAAUUAAGAAAGGUCUUAGCUCUUUGUAUACAAAUUCUAUUUCUAAUCUGUUCCAUUCUAGUACUUAAAAUCCACACAAGAAACAAAAAAUGCCAACAAAAUAACAUUUUCAAUGACCACGGAAGAGGAAUAUGAAUUCGAAUCUAAAAAGUAAAGAAAUGUAAGCAUUUUGUUUAGAAAAAAGUUUUAGUUACACUUAUGAAUUAAAAAAAAUGUAAACCAACUUACCGACAGAUCAGAUCAUCCUGUAACUGUAUAAGGUACGUUGAACACCAUGGGUCUGUAGUGCACUAUACUCUCCUGUAAGCCAGAAUAGAUAGGAUUAUCAGAACAUCAUCACUUUUAAGCAUUUUACCAAAGAUUAUUUCAACCCCAAACAAUCAUCUUGAACAAUAUUUUCUUGUAAAAAUUACACCGUUAUUUCUUUUCGCACGAUUUAUAAAAGAACAAGGCGCCUUUGUGCUGCAAAACAAUUCAACAUAGAAUAGGUGAAAUUAGCAGGACCAACUUUGAAAAUUAAAGUUUGAAGUAGCUUCCUUAACGAGUUGUAUAUUUUAUUUCUAAAGGAAUAUUCAGAGGCCUGCGCCUAAUAAGAUAAAUUAUUCAUGGUAAUAAAAACUGCAAUUAAAUUCCAACAUGACCUUCAUCCCGAGCUGUAAUAAAUAACUCAAUCAACCUUAUCCCCGUCUAUAUUUGGAUUCUUUUGUCUCGUUACUCAGAGUCAAACUGCUUUCAUGCAAAGUGAGUAAAAAAAGUGAGUUUUCUGAGAAAAGUGGGAUGAGAAUAGUCCGUCUACGAUGAGACAGA